AUGCAAGCUUCGAGUGGCAUCUUGGACUCUGUUCCAACAACGACAGACAGGCUGCACAGAAAGGGCAGCUGGACGCCUAGCGAAGAUGCGCUGCUCACCAGACUAAUGCAAGGUCAUCAAGGCAGCUCAAGUGAUAAAAGCCGAGGCAGAGCGGGGCAUGUCAAUUGGGUAGGCAUCGCGCAACACUUUGACGGCCGCAACGCCAAAGAUUGUCGCAAGCGCUGGAACAGCAGCUUGUGCCCUGGCAUCUCCCGUGGGAGCUGGACGCCUUCGGAGGACAAGCUGCUGCGCCAAGGGAUGCAGAUGUAUCCCAAUCAGUGGGCCAAGAUCGCGACUUAUUUGGGGAGUCGAACGGGCGACCAGUGUUCGAGUCGAUGGCGUGUGCUCAGCUCGGGAGCGGACUGGAACGAGGAAAGGGAUCGUAUUCUUCUCGACUUUGUCAAUAGACACGGGAAGCGAUGGGCCGAGGUGCGUCGACUGUGGCUGCCCAUGUUCACCAACGCCGAGUGCCGCAACCGGUACCACCGCAUCAUUCGACGACUGAGCGCAGACAAGCGCCACGAGACGGAGCUGGAAACGCUCAAGCUGGUGUGCAAUGGCGAGGCGGGGCUCUGCACGUUUUCGUCGUCGUCGCCGGACAAAGGCGACAGGUCUGAUGCUGGUUGCAGCACUGGAGCUGACCAAUGGUCGAGACGCGUCAGUGAUACCAGCAGCUGCGGCGGAAGUAGCAGCAAAUGCGCAGAGGAGACGCAACCGUUUGCAGCACAGGCCGUGAGAGCGCACGAAGGCCCAAUGGCGGCACUGAUCAAGCAGAUGAUGACCAACGAAUCUGCGCGCGACAAGCUGAUGAAGCUCGCCGAAACGAUUGUGUCUGUAUCACAGACUAGCGACAACCAGCAGCAGCAGCAACAGCUUCAAGGCAGCGAAGAAAAGCACUCGCUAGUCAAGUACGCCAACGACAAGCAUGUGGAGGCCACGCGCACCACUGGGAUAGCCGGUGCUGUAGACGAUAGCAUGCCGCAGGUCGACGAACAAGCUUGGGCGGCUGUGCUUGGGCUCACACACUGCGAUGCAGCGCCAACAGCAGCAGCCAUUGCCGCCAUCACGCCGCCGUUCUCUCCCACGACCAUUGUACCGAUCACAGCAACACCCACGACGACAAGGACAGCAACAACGACAGCAGCAGAGCUGGGGCGGAUGCUCGACGUGCCGAAUUGCAACGAGUGCAAGUUUGAGCCUUGCGUAUGCAGUUGGACCGACAUGUGCCUGUCACAAGCAUGGGUGCAUCCGGAAUGUGCGCUAAGCGGUGGCAGUAGUAGCAGCGGUACCUGCACCAGCACCAGCACCAGCACCCGCACCUCGUUCAGCGCCAUGUCACCUUUGCGCCUACCAACUUCAGCCUCGGAGCAGGCAUCAUCGUACAGCUGGUGGAUUUAG